AUACGAUCUGAAUUCCGUGGGCGUCAGACGGCGAUUGUGAUUCGUUCGAACAGCAUUAUUAUAGCAUUGUAGUACAGUAUUGUAAUCAACUACUAAAAUUGUCGCAGACAUCUUACUUCCAUUGUUGGACUUACGGAUUUCAAAAUGAAAACGUCUUCGUCCAAAGUCUUUGCAUCGUGCGUGGCGAUCGUAUGCCUCGCGUCAGUGGCAAAUGCCCUUCCAGUACAGAAAUCAGUUGCGGCUACGACAGAGAAUCCAAUCGUAGAGAAACAUGGUUGCAGAGCACACAAAAAUCUCGUCAGGCAGAAUGUCGUGGAUCUCAAAACUUACGAUUCCAUGUUGAUCACGAACGAAGUGGUACAGAAACAGUCGAAUGAGGUCCAGAGCUCUGAACAGUCGAACGAGGGCCAGAACUCUGAACAGUCGAAUGAGGGCCAGAACUCUGAACAGUCGAACGAGGUCCAGAGCUCUGAACAUUCGAACGAGGGCCAGAACUCUAAACAGUCGAACGAGGGCCAGAACUCUGAACAGUCGAACGAGGUCCAGAGCUCUGAACAUUCGAACGAGGGCCAGAACUCUGAACAGUCGAACGAGGUCCAGAGCUCUGAACAUUCGAACGAGGGCCAGAACUCUAAACAGUCGAACGAGGGCCAGAACUCUAAACAGUCGAACGAGGUCCAGAGCUCUGAACAUUGGAACGAGGGCCAGAACUCUAAACAGUCGAACGAGGACCAGAACUCUGAACAGUCGAACGAGGGCCAGAACUCUAAACAGUCGAACGAGGGCCAGAACUCUAAACAGUCGAACGAGGACCAGAACUCUGAACAGUCAAACGAGGGCCAGAACUCUAAACAGUCGAACGAGGUCCAGAGCUCUGAACAGUCGAACGAGGGCCAAAACUCUAAACAGUCGAACGAGGGCCAGAGCUCUGAACAGUCGAACGAGGGCCAGAACUCUAAACAGUCGAACGAAGUCCAGAGCCCUGAGGAGCACUACGAUUUGCCGGACCCCGAGUCCUCCUAUGAAUCUGAAGAAACCAAAGGGUCCCACGAGUCCGGAGAUGAUUCGGAACACAGAUGAUUCAGCGCCCACCGACGAUCACGAAGAGGACAAAAAGCAAAGCGAUUAAGUUAGUCCAUCUCCAUUAGAACGAACGUCAUUUUAACAACUACAUAAUCUGUUAUUAAUCGUCGCCUACAUAUAUUAUAGUAUUAUAUUAUAAAACACAUUUUUUGGACGGUCAUCCUGACCUAAGUUAAUGUAAUUAUAAUAAUAAUAAAUGCUUCACCCUUAUAGUAUUUAUAAUUUUUAUUUAUAAAUCCAUAAAUUGUAUAUCAAUAUAAGUUAAUUCUCUGUGACUCUUAUAUUAUAAUAAAUUAUAUUAUAUUAUGCAUUCCGAUUAAA